CCCGAUUCCCCGUCCCUCCUCGCCUCUUCAGCGUCCUUGCUUCUGGGCUCGUCUACAACCUUCAACAUGAGCGUUAUACUUUGCACUGCGGGCUACGACCACACCAUUCGUUUCUGGGAGGCCUUGUCGGGGAUUUGCUCGCGCACUAUACAGCAUCCCGAUUCCCAAGUUAAUCGCUUAUGCAUCACCCCCGACAAACGGUACUUGGCAGCCGCCGGCCACAAUAAUGUCAAGCUGUAUGACAUCAAAUCUACCAAUCCCAAUCCGGUCAUGACCUUCGACGGCCAUACAAACAACAUCACUGGCGUCGCGUUUCACUGCGAGGGAAAGUGGAUGGUCACCAGCUCGGAAGAUGGUACGGUUAAAGUCUGGGAUACCCGUACAGGCAGCCUGCAGCGCAACUACGCGCAUAAAGCUCCAGUCAAUGACGUUGUAAUCCACCCCAACCAGGGCGAGCUCAUUAGUGGGGAUCGCGCUGGUAUUGUCCGGGUUUGGGACCUGGGUGAAAGCGUCUGCACUCACCAGCUGAUUCCUGAGGACGACGUUGCCGUUCAUAGUGUUAGUGUCGCAAGCGAUGGAUCCCUGCUCUGUGCUGGAAAUAAGAAGGGUAAUGUCUACAUCUGGCGCAUGAUCCAAGACGCUGAGAUAACGCGCAUCGUUCCGAUAUGUACCUUCCAGGCGCACAAGGACUACCUUACUCGUGUUCUUCUCUCCCCUGAUGUCAAGCAUCUCGCAACGUGCUCUGCAGACCACACGGCCAAAGUAUGGAACCUUGACCUUGAUUAUCCGCCGGCCAAGAUUGCCGCCGCCAAUGCCGCCAAGGCCAAGGCCAGAGCCAUCUCUUCACCUGAAUCGAAUGACAGCCCUUCUUCCCCGGAAUCUACGCAACACGUGAACCACGCAUCUCCCAACGGCACCGACUUUGAAGCCAACCCAUUCAGUCUCUUCCAAGCAGCGACACCUAUAAACAACGAACCCCAGCAGACCUUCCCUGUACAACCGGACGGACCCCCCAUGGACUCCGCGACAGGAACACUUUUCCUAGAGACCACGCUUGCAAAUCACCAACGGUGGGUUUGGGAUUGCGCUUUCUCCGCUGACUCUGCGUAUCUCGUCACAGUAUCCAGCGACCACUACGCCCGCCUAUGGGAGCUGGCUUCGGGUCAGAUCAUCCGUCAAUACAGUGGUCAUCACCGCGGGGCGGUAUGCGUAGCGCUGAACGAUUAUUCCGAGCCGCGUUGAGAGUUGUGUCUUACAUUAAGAAGCUGCCUAGAGGCAGAUGUAUGCGUCUUUUAACCUUUCUUCUCUUUCAAUUGUCUUGUAUGGUUCAGGGCUAAUGGUCAGCAUGGUGCCUGGUUUGGGGCUGGAGGCACGAAGGCGAAUCGCCUUCUGCAUUGGAGUUCAGGUUUUUGCUUGAUUCCCUGUG